AUGAAUGUUCGCUUUGGCGAUGAUCCCAACGACGUCGGCAUCAUUUGGCGUUCUCGUGACAAUCGCAAGGGUCGCAAUUCCGUCGUCGUCCCGCGAGCGUCCAUGGCCUACCCGAAUCUGCCCCCCAAGAAUCGUCCCGUCUACUCCUCCAGCUUUAGGGGUGUCGGUCGGAAUUUCUAUCGCAUGGUCUUCACGUUCCCAUAUUGGGAUAUGGCCUUCUGGAGCGGAUGGAGUUAUACGUGGGGAUCUGUAUUGUUCACCAUCGACAGCGCUUGGGGCUGGAUCCCGACCGGCUGGGGCCUCGACCUGGGAGGGAUCACAACGUACGGCGUGGGCAUCCUCUUUUUCAUCGGUGCUCUAUUCUACCAGGUCGGUGCUACCAUGGCCUAUCUCGAGGCCGUCAAUGAUGGCUCGUUCCACGGCUCCGCCAUGAAGCGAUUCCUCGAAGGCCACGAGGAGGACAAGAAGAAAAGCAGGCUGGAAAACAUUGCAUCGGCGCGAACGCCCAGGCUCGAUAUACCCCGGCGGCAAGCUGCCCGCUCCUCGCCGAGGCGGUGCGAAAGCCAUGAAUAUCUGACAUGGCGCUGGUGGCCGACCUGGGAAGCGCUCCGCAACCACCAUAUAUACGAGAUUGGGUACAUCGCGUGCUCGGUGCAGCUGUUUGGCGCCACCCUCUACACCUGGUGUGGUGUUGUCUCGAUUCCCGGCAUUUCCUCACAAUUCAACGCGCCGCAAGAGUACGGCGCCUAUUAUUUCCCCGAAAUUCUCGGGUCAUGUUGCUUCUUGACCGCCAGUCUGAUGUUUCUGCUCGAGACGCAAGAACGCUGGUGGCAGAUCCAGCCAAACGUCGUGGGCUGGUGGAUUGGGGUUUGGGCCAUGGUGGGAUCCGUGGGAUUCUUGUUGAUUGGUGUCUUUGGUGUCAUCAAUGAGGCCACGGGCGCGCACUGGGCACUCUACCAGAGUGGAUUAUCGGGCACAUGGGGUUCUUUCGCGUACCUGCUCAGCUCUUUAUGUCAAUGGUACGAAGCGGUCAACAAACAUCCCGUGGAAGAGGUGAGUGUCAAUCAUUAG